AUCCCAUAAAUCCUGCAAGUGUGGAGCUUUUUGUCAUCCCUAUCUCUAAGACUUGAGAAUAAAGAAGGGUUGAGGCGAAAAAGAUGAAGAAAUCAAGGCGUUGGGAAUAAAAAGGACUUUUAGAAUUUAGAGGGUAGUGUUUUAUCGUAAAGGGAGUGUCGCCACCAUUUUCAUCAAUCAGUAGUGGCAAACCCAAAGGAAGAUGGAGGAGCUGCAACAGCUUCUAAGCAUGGGUUUCCCGGACGAGUUGGCCGCACAAGCCUUGGCUGCUACCGGCGGCAAAUCCACCGUCAAAGCCACCGAAUGGAUUCUCACUCACAAACCCAACACUAACUCUUCAUUUCAGCCAAAGCUCGAUCGUUUCUUCCAUUCCCAAUCCCCAACCACACCCCAAUCACAACAAGAACAAGAACAAGAACAAGACGAAUCAACCCCAUCAUCCAAACGCCUUAAGUCAUUACCAUCCACUUGUCAUUCUCAACAACAACAACAACAAAAGUCUUCUUCUUUCUUCUUCAAUCGUCCCAAGACUCAAGACAAGAAACACACUCACAUUCACGAACCCUUAUACGAGAGGUUGCGUCCCAGAACAUUGGACGACGUCGUUGGCCAGGAGCAUCUCCUCGCAACCAAUUCCCUUCUUCGUUCUGCAAUCCAACGCAAUCGUCUCCCUUCAAUCCUCUUCUGGGGUCCACCUGGAACUGGUAAGACCACUAUUGCAAAAGCCAUUGUAAAUUCAUCAACUUCAACUUGUUAUCGCUUUGUCUCCUUAUCUGCUGUCACUAGUGGCGUUAAAGAUGUGAGGGAUGCUGUUGAUGAAGCUAGAAAAAUCAGGGUUAAAACCAACCAAACAACUGUUCUCUUUGUUGAUGAGGUUCACAGGUUCAAUAAGUCUCAACAGGACUCUUUCUUACCCUUCAUUGAAGAUGGAAGCAUUGUGUUCAUUGGUGCCACUACUGAGAACCCUUCUUUCCAUUUGAUUACUCCUCUCUUGUCUCGCUGCCGUGUCCUUACACUUAACCCUCUUCAGCCCCACCAUCUUGCUUUGCUUAUAAACCGGGCUAUUAGUGACUUGGACAAAGGUUUGAUGAAAAGCGUUGGUUUUGAAGUUGAUGUCAAUGUGAGUGAGGAUGUUGUUGAUUUUAUAGCUAACAAUUGUGAUGGGGAUGCUCGGGUGGCCUUGAAUGCCUUGGAGAUUGCUGCUGUUACUGCUGCUGCACGGAUACAACAUGUUCAGCAGCCUAAUCAAAAGGAAGAACAAGGCAUGGAUCAUCUUAACACAAAUGAGGAAAACAAGGUUGGCUCUGCUGCUGCUGUUGUUACUCUUGAUGAUGCAAAGGAGGCACUUCAGUGUAAGCACCUUGCUUAUGAUAAAGCUGGGGAAGAGCAUUAUAAUCUAAUCAGUGCGCUGCACAAAUCAAUGAGGGGAAGUGAUGCAAAUGCAGCAAUCUAUUGGUUGGCAAGAAUGUUAAAAGGAGGUGAAGAGCCUCUUUACAUUGCACGUAGACUCAUAAGGUUUGCAAGCGAGGAUGUUGGUUUGGCUGAUCCAUCAGCUCUUACUCAGGCUGUUUCCUGCUACCAAGCUUGCCACUUUUUGGGAAUGCCAGAGUGCAAUGUGAUUCUUGCACAGUGUGUUGCUUACUUGGCCUUGGCUCCUAAGUCUGUCUCAGUUUAUCGAGCAAUAGAAGCCGCUCAGAAGGCGGUAAGAGAAUCAGUGGGACAGAAUGAGGGGGUGCCUCUUCAUCUGAGGAAUGCACCAACCAAAUUAAUGAAGGAAAUUGGGUAUGGGAAGGGAUACAUAUACCCUCCUGACAACCCCUCCUCAACCCAGAGCUACUUGCCACCCUCUCUUCAAGGGUACAAGUUCCUCGAUUGGCCUGAUAGGAAUCCCUCCGAUGGAUAAACAUGUUAAAUCAAGAUCGAGAGUUUUUAUAUGCCAUUUUUGUGUCUGUUGUUUUUGGGGUUUUGGCAUUACUAAGAUACAUGUCAUGCAUUGAUGGGAGAAUGGGAAAUGCAAGAGUAAUGCAUUUUGUAAUUUUU